UCCGAAAUUAAAGAACCCCUUUUCUCUUCAAAGAACCCAGAACCCUAAAAGCUUCGAAGAACCCACCCCAGCCCCUCAUCCCAGCCCUCCGCGAAGAACCCAACCCUCCGAAGAACCCCAGCGCUCGCAAUGCCUCCAUCGUUACUCUCUCUUCCGGAACUCCCACCAUUGCUGCUCCUUCGGCGGUGACUCUCGCUGGUGGUGACUGUUUCGGCGCUCACCGUCCGUCGCAAGCUCUCCGUUGAUAGCCAAAAGAAACCCUUCCGCGGAGCUGUUUUGAGACCUCUGCCAUCAUUGCUUCAUUGCUGCGUUUUCUCAGAUUCCCUUCGCCACCAUUCUCUGAUUGAUAUGAAAGGGAAGCGCUAGGGUUUUUUUAUUAGUAUAAGGUUCCCCUUUGCUCUCUGCUCGUCGACUCCCCUGCUCCUUCUCCCAGUCCCGAUUGGAGAUGCCUCUGCAGUAGGUACAGAAGUAUAAGAUAGUGUGAGGAAUUAAUUUUAAAGUUAAGAUAGAAGUAAUGGCGACAUAGCCAUGGAUGAAUAUCAUCGCUACAAGGAAGAUGCUGAGAUCAUGAAGGAUUUAAACAUGGAUGCUUAUAGAUUCUCCAUCUCUUGGUCCAGAAUACUACCAAUCAAUGCAAAACUUGAAGCCACUGUUGCCAGGCAAAUUCAAGCACAGUAUCAGACGACUGGAAAACAAGUGCUUCAGGAUGCACUCAAAUCCAGUUUUGAAAUAUCAGUGGUUCCCGCAUUUGAGAAAUCAUGCAAAGCAAUGUUUGACCAAGUUGAUUCUACAUUUCAAAAGGGCAUGGUUGAACAUUCAACUGCAGUGCAACAACGCCUUGAAUCUGGGCACACUUUACUGGCAAUGACUCUAAGAAGGGCAAUACUGGUGGAUGAGAUUUGGCAUGCUGCAGGUGACAAUGCAUCUGAUAUUGAUUGGUAUGCCAAGCGCACUGUCCUGGCAGGAAUAUACUCGACAACCGAGAUUUAUAUGCUGACAGAUACAUCUCCUGACUUCCAUGAUACAUGGGCCUUCCUGGAUGCUCGAGUGGAAGAUGCUUUUGAUCUAAAGAAAACCAUUCAAGAGCUCCACCAAACAUUGCUGGGAAUGAUUCUGAGAGAGGGAUAUUGAGCUCGGUUAUGUACUUGUUGGGCACAAGGUUGUAAGAAAAAGAUAAAAAUUGCAUACUAUAUUUAUAGGUUUGGUAAUAAAAAAGAAUUGAAAAUUAAAAAAAAGGAUUUUUUUUAAUUUGACAAGGCCGUAUCUCGCUAUCGCCACGUUUUAGAAGCGUGGCCGUAUCGCUCGCUAUCGCCACGCUUUAGAAGCGUGGCCGUAUCGCUCGCUAUCGCCACGCUUUAGAAGCGUGGCCGUAUCUCUCGUUAUCGUUACGCUUUAAAAGCGUAGCCGUAUCUCACAUAUGGCCUCGCUUUGAAAGCGUGACCGUAUCUCCCACAUACGGUCACGCUUUUAAACGUGGCAAUCUAUAAAAAGCGUGGCGAUAGAUCACCAAAAGCGUGGUGAUAGAGCAAUCGCCACGCUUGCAGACACUGCCCUUUUAAAAGCAUGGCAAUAGAGCCGUUUUCUUGUAGUGAUACAUGCAGUUUAAGAAUAUAUUUAUUGAGAUUAAUGUCAUUUUGUUCUUGAGGGACCACUGGAUACACUAGUCUCCUAUUUGGAGGAGGCGGAUUUCUCGCAUGUUGCACGUAUCAGAGAUUUUACUUUUGAUAACGCGUUAUUAUAUGAAUUUGUGGAGACGUGGCAUUCUAAAACGCAUAUUUUUCAUGUUUCGUGGGGUGAGUGUACAAUCACCAUUCAAGAUGUUGCAUUUCAUCUCGGGUUAUGCAUUGAUGGAGAACCACUUGGAGGAUGCAUAAGAGACUUUUAAAGAUGAUAUGGUUGUGACCCAUGGCUUUAGUAGCGGACGCACUUAGAAUCAUGCCUCCAUGACGAGAGGUUCAGGAGGAUAUAUCACAGUUUGAGCCGUACAACAUCAUGGUGACAUGGAUGAAGACUUGCUUGGGGAAUAUGCCAUCGGAUGAACUAUCUUACAUGUUAAAAUAGUAUGCAUGAUUUUAUAUACUCAAGUUGAUUGGUGGUCUGCUGAGUAUUAGAUGUGUCCCAUUACUUAUUGACUUUUGGAGAGGUGUCAGUCGUACCCAUGGGGAUCGAGAGUUCUUGCAUGGACAUACCACUUUCUAAUCAUGGCAAUCAAUUUUGUGGUGGGUGACUUAGCUGGUUGUAUCCUCCUUGGUCAUGAUCUUGAGACAUUGUUGUUGGCAAACAUGUACGUUGUGCUUUAUACUUACGACCCUCCCAAUAUUAAGGUUUUGCCGAUAAACAACUCGAAUGCUCCAAUGAUAACCAGCUGCAUGAUGAGCGGAUAUUUUAUACUCUUUUUGGCAUCAUUUUCAUAUAGUUUUCCGUGCGAUUCUUGA